AGAGCAACCUGAUUUAAAGUGAUUUUGGUCAGUUGGCGAUCCGAGUAUGUGAUAUGUCCUCCAGCACCCUAGGUUACAUUGUGAAACUCCACGACAGUGAACACACCAGUGUAGAUCUUAGCAGCAAUUUGGUGAAAUUGAGUUCCUUCAUUUUUCCAGUCACUUGUCUGAUCACGCUUCUGUCUGAUCAUGUGACUCAUUGACGUAUUACUCAACCAUGGCCUCAACUAGGACAGUUAAUAAAUUAUUAGAAAAUGUUUUGCGGACAUUUGCUAAUGAAUAUAAAAGAGGAUAUUCUGCGGUAAGGAGGUCAAACAUUAUAGGAAGGGCUGCUAAAGCCACUGGGUAUUCAGGAGCAGCUUUCUACAAAAUACUACGUGAAGAUACAGAAUUGAAAUCAUUCCUCAAUGAGGCAAAGGCAGUGGGAAAUGAACGUGAAAAAUUACAGGCCACUAAGCGUAGACGUCCAUUUGGAAGCUCGGCACCAGUAGAUGAACAUGGAUUAGAUGAAAAACCGCUGUGUUCAUGGAGUGAUCAAAUUAUAGUUGAUGGCCCAUUAACCUCAACUGAAAGCCAUUUCAAGUCAGGGAAUGUUACCAUCCCAAGAAAAAAAAGAAAAAGAAGGAAGAAACUUCAAUCUGACCCAACUGAAAGCCAUCUCCAGACAGUGAAUGAAAUCAUCCCAAAGAAAAGAAGGAAGAUACUUCCACCUGGGCCAAGAGUACGCCCACCAAGUGAGAGAAUCAAGGCCCGUAAAGCACAAGCAGAACCAGAAGUAAAUGUACCUCCGCCACAAGAUCAACAUGUUGAAAAAGAGCCUCAAUCUUUACCACCACAGGCUCAAAAUCUUGAAGCAGAGCUGCAAGGUUUACCACCAGAGGCUCAAAAUGUUGAAAUAGACCUUCAGGCAUCACCACAGGUUCAUGCAGGUCAACCUGAAGUCAUAGAUUGGUAUACUGGAGCAUCCGUCAGGAAUGUGAUCUUGGAAGGGUUCAAGGCAGGGACGUUUUUCACUGUCAAGACCCUCAACAAGGAACUAAAAAGCCGUGGAAUCUGCAAUAUUAGCCGGACAACACUUAGGGAAGCUUUAAAGGCUGAUGAUUUUAGGUUUAAGAGAUGUGGAAUGAACACAUUUAUACUACUAGACGAGUCACACAUUGCAGCAGAAGCGUAUCCUCCCCAAUUGUUCCUGUAACCUCCUUCUUUUCUGGAAGGGCGAGCGGCUAGAAAUAGUCAGACCUAAUAAACCUCCCAAGGAAUAUGUACCAGACAGUUGUCGGAGGCUGGGUGUCGGAUUAUCUGACUCCCUCAAUACCACUGCGUAACAGGUGAAAUAACAUGGCCGAGGUGUGACGGCUACUUGAAUCUCAUUGUCGCUUUCCACUGGGUCUGGAGAACCCAUGGUAUAAAAGGACAAUUUGUUUCUCCAUUCAUAUGUGGAGUUUCAUGGCCCGGUGUUAAGUCCAGGGACCCAAUCAGAACGCUCUGCUUCGUCACGUGGAACAAAUAUUGAAAAUGUCAAAACGGACUGAAUAAAUAUCACAUCGUUGAUUGGCUGAUUGGUUUUGUGGCGUCACACAAAACUCUGCGGGCAACUGCCAGGAGGAGGAAUAUUGAGAGUGAACUCAGCUGGGGUUUAUUUACAUAGUGGUCAGUUAAAUCGGGCAGAUUUAUCAAAUAAUUAUUAUCAAAGGCAUGGCCUAGUUGUAGCUUGUAAAAUUUAAUAGAAUAUAAUAGCAAAGAAAUCCAUGAGAUGUUGUUACAAUAUAAAUACAGUGAAACCUCUGAAGUGGAACACCUCUAGCAAUGGAACACCUCUUAAGUGGAACACCUCUGUAAGUGGAACACCUCUAGAAGUGAAACACCUC